UCGAACAGUUCAAAACAACACAGUAACCAAACACUCAAUCAACAAAAUCCCUUACCCAAAAACUCAAAUCCGGUGCAUGGCUCAACCGUCUUCACCACACCGCCGCCGUAACCACCACAACCACCUCUCCACCUUUCUACACUCCACCGCUUCAAAUUUCAUCUCUCUCUUCAAUCCUCAUCCUCCUCCCCCUCUACCUUCAUCUACACCUCAACUACCUUCCGCAAUUUCGCUCCCUCUCUUCCUCCCACCACCUCUCUCCACCGUAACUCUCUCCUCCACCACCGAGUCAACUCGCUCUUCCCCCAAAUCGGUCCGAGUAUCGCGGCUCAAUGGAAAAAACAUCACCGGUGGCAGUGGUGGUCCGGCUUUUGUUGGUCAGGUUUUCAGUAUGUGUGACCUCUCUGGAACUGGUCUUAUGGCUGUUUCUACUCACUUUGAUAUUCCUUUCAUCACUAAAAGAACCCCAGAGUGGCUGAAAAAAAUGUUUGCAGCAAUCACCAAGAGUGAGAGGAAUGGCCCUGUAUUUCGUUUUUUUAUUGAUCUAGGAGAUGCAGUUUCAUAUGUAAAAAAACUGAAUAUUCCAAGUGGCGUGGUGGGUGCCUGCCGUCUUGAUUUAGCUUAUGAACAUUUCAAGGAAAAGCCUCACCUGUUCCAAUUUGUUCCCAACGAGAAGCAGGUCAAGGCAGCUAAUAAACUUCUGAAGACAAUCCCACACAGUGGUUUUGGGAAAAAGGUUGAUGGGGUGCCUGUGUUUAGUGCUCACAACUUGGAUAUUGCAAUAGCAACUACAGAUGGUAUUAAAUGGUAUACUCCCUACUUUUUUGAUAAAAACAUGCUUGAUAACAUUCUUGAAGAAGCUGUUGAUCAACAUUUCCAUACAUUAAUCCAAACUCGGCACAUUCAGCGGCGGCGAGAUGUAGUUGAUGACAACCUGGCAGCAGAAGUGGUUGAGGAAAUUGGAGAUAGUUUAGGGGAGCCUCCAGAGGUUCAAGAGGUGCUUGAUGAAAUGGGCCAUCCGAGUAUACCACUCAGUGUUAUUUCUAAAGCUGCAGAACUCCAGUUUCAUUAUACUGUUGACAAAGUACUCUUAGGUAAUAGGUGGUUGCGGAAAGCGACAGGCAUACAACCGAAAUUUCCAUAUAUGGUUGACUCAUUUGAAAGAAGAAGUGAAGCAUCUUUUCUGAGAAUUACAGAAUCAAGCAGCUGCCCUAAAGAAACUGGUUGUACAGACUCUUCUGAAUAUAAUUUGGAUGACAUCACUGAAGCAAGCACAAAACAUUCACAUGAAAAAGCAGGGUUAUCAAGAAAAGGUGUAAAUAAAGAAGAUUUGAAACAAAAUACCUUUCUUCCAAAAAUCACAAUGGUUGGUCUCUCUACUGAAGAAGCAGGCCAAAUGAGCAAGGCUAGUUUGAAAAAAACAAUGGAUGAUUUGACAAAAGAGUUGGAGAAGACAGAAGCAGACAAUGUGACUGUUGGUGGUAGUAAUGAGUAUAAAUUAGAAGAUCGGGACCCACUAUUCGUAGCUAAUGUGGGUGAUUAUUAUUCUAGUGUUGGAAGGACGGGAAGUCCUCGUUGGAUUCGAGGAGGAUCAAACUAAAACUUGCAUGAUGACCGUUUCUCAUUUUGGUCGAAAACUCAGGAGCUACACAUUGGAUUUUUUAAGGAGGGUCUAACUAAAACCUUUUUGUUAUCAAGAGUAUUUCAUUUGGAGUUUUGGAUAUUUAUUGGUGUCUCCAAAUAAGAUUGGAAAAUCAGGUUGCUGUUUAACAAAGUUAAAAUUUUGGAGCUGGAAAUAAUCUAGUCUAAGCCUUUGGGGUGUAUACUAAAGUUGGAUGAUUAUGCUUGAGAUUAUGUCUGAUCAGAAUGUUGUACAUCAUUAUCUAUGUAAUUUAGCAAUGUUUUCCCAUUUUUCUGACUUUCUGGGAUGUUGAAUAAAUCUUGUAUUACAUAGUAACUAGCUAGAAACUAUAUACAUACUUGGUUCUGUGAAAAUAAAGAAAGCGUUGUCCAUCAUACUAA